CAACCUUUUUGCCUUGGGGUUAGGAGGACUGAAGAGAAGCAAAGCAGCAAUGGCAAUUGGAUUUAGUGCUGUAAGACCACCAUUAAAGCAAGCAUUAGGAGUCAAAAUCCUUACUUACCAAAAAAGCAAAUGGGUAUUUAGCCCUUUGGCUUUUUCAUCAUCAUCUUCUUCUUGUUCUUCAACAUCAAGAAAGUUAAUACUGUAUUCAAAGCCUGGUUGUUGUUUGUGUGAUGGCCUCAAAGAAAAACUCAAUGCUGCUUUCUCUCUUUCAACUCCUAUUUCUCUCCAUGAUGUUCAAUUACAGGUUAGAGAUAUAACUAGCAAUCCUGAGUGGGAGAAGGCUUAUCAAUAUGAAAUACCUGUGUUGGCUAAAGUUCGUCCUGAUGGCACUGAGGAGGUACUUCCUAGAUUAUCUCCUCGUCUUGGUGUUGAGGCCAUCCACAAGAAGAUUGCAACCGCAUUAACUGAAUGAGCUUUCUCUCAACAACAAUUUUGAAGCAUGUCUUUGCUCAUGCCAUAAGGGUGCUAUGGGGAACUGUCUUCUUCUUCGUUUUCCUUUUUCUAGUCAACCUGUGUAUCUUUGCAAUCGUACCAUCACCAACCCCUGAGACUAUGGUGGAAAUAUACUGUUUUUCUGUAUAAUUCGCCAUACGAUACCAACUAUGAAAAUUCAAAGUAAAACUAGAUAUUUAUACAUUUAUUUCACCGCUAA